UACGGGACCCGAGAUAGUACCAUGUUCCCUGAACAAGUAACCAGUAGCAUCGACGUUGCAAGUAGUAGGGCAUGCAUCCACCCUGUCGGCGAAAUAGUGCUACUACGCUAUGCUGUAAAAAUCGACAAACCCACAAAGAAAAAUAAGGGUGCUGAGUGUGGCGUGGCCACCCAAACCCAGAACUUGUACCGUCCCUGUCCAAGUACUGCGUACUGUGUAGAGUCGGAGACACGGUUACUAUGUUACUUGAAACAAGAUUCGGCACCUCUGAGGAGGUUUGUGGAAAUCUCCGGCGAUCAGCAUGCCGAAAGCCCCCACGGUGCGGGUGUGUGCGUGGCCGCCAGUGUGGCGCCAUGUGACUUUGCACUCCCCGUUUAUCCAACGGCUGGCUAG